AUGCGCAAAGCAGCACUCUUGGCCUUGGUGCCCGCCGUUAUGGCCAUCCCUGCCGCCGCUCCUGGUGCUGCGCCCACGGUCUACCGUAGAGUUGCCGCUCCAGUUGCUCAACCUACCGAAAUUGCGGAUAUCCAAAGGCGCGACAUUAUUGACGACGUAGAGACUUAUGUCGGGGGUCUUGUCAGCGGUGUCGAGACCAAGAUCAAAGGGUGGGUAAAUUCUGGCAUCCUCGACUUUCCAACUGGUUUCCCUACCGGCAACGAGGUUAAGAAGUCGGCGGGCAUCGACGACGAUGAUUUGGAAGCGCAGCCAACCCAGGUGCUGAACAUCCCUCCUUAUGGCAAUUGGACCGACAAGGGAUGGAACGUUCGAGUGCACGGCAAUGUCUACAAGAUCCCGGAUCUGGACCAAGACAAAGUGGACGACCUUGCCAAUGUUUUCCUCGUCGACACGGAUGUUGAGGACCUUUCCAAGUCACAGCAAGCUCAGGCUCGAAAUGUUACAAAGUCUAUCUUUGUCGUGCAGCAGAACGACGUGCAGGUUAAAAUGAACUUUGUGAACAACGUCGAUGUAUCUCCGGACGAGAGUGGCGGCGCUAUUGAUGCAAAAGGAGGCACACAAAACAUUACCAUGCCGUACAACACUACACUGGAAGGUGAUUUUGACGCCUUCGUCACACUCAAGAACACUUCCGGUCCAGACAAUGGCUACUUGAUCCCUGGUAACGAAACUUCAAAGAUUCAAACUCUCAACCUCUAUGCUGAGGGCAAGAACAACAGCGGAAACGCAACCGCUUAUCUUGUCCCUCCCAAAGGUAUCACCAUUGUGUCGGAUGUCGACGAUAUCUUGCGAGUAACAAAGAUCUAUGAACCGAAGGAGGGUCUUCUCAACACCUUUGCUCGACCCUUCACGCCGUGGAUGAACAUGCCCAAGAUCUAUGCCAACUGGUCGUCAUCUGUGGAUGACUUACACUUCCAUUAUCUCACCACUACGCCUGAGCAGGUCACACGAAACUAUAUGAGCUUCAUUUACAAAACAUACCCUCUUGGCUCGUUCGAUACCCGUCCUCUCAACUUCUCAGACGUAUCGGCGACACUAUCCAUCCGUCGCUUUCUGCUUGACAAGAUCUUCCAGACAUUCCCAGAUCGGAAGUUUAUACUUGUUGCCGACACAACCAAUUCUGAUGUUAUGAAGGCAUACCCAGCGUUAUAUAAAGACUACCCGGGUCGAGUACAAUGCAUUCUCCUGCGCAACACAAGCUCCACGGACAGCGGAGACAAGUUCCCCUACAACACCAAAGGGUUCAAAGACAUUCCACAGAAGAACUACAUGUUUUUCAACGUUCCCGAUGACCUUACCAACUUGGACAUUGCCAAUGGAGGAUGCUACAACAGUUCAAUCAAACAGAAUGUUACUUUUGACUAUCAAGGGCUGCCAUUUGGUUUGAGUGAUGAUGAUAACGCUGCUUCUGCCAAUACCAAUCCCCGGUUGGGGAUGGUAGUUGCGGGACUGGUGGCUGCUGGCUUGGCUAUAAUGCUCUGA